AUGUGCUAUGGGGUGGGCAAAAGAAGGCUUGACCUUCUGCCCGCCAAGCUGGAGCCUAUGCUGACUGGUACCGGGUUAUCUGACCUCCUGCACUAUUUUAGACUCCGCUCUCCAUCCACAUGUCAAUCGGCCAUAACCGGCCUAUACUUCCGACUAGAGGAAGACACUCUUUAUGCUGAAAGGGACAAGACACGAAAAGAUCUGUCUAAUUGA